CACUGCGGGCGCGGAGCGGGCGUGCUCGAGUCGCGCUGGGCCGCCUGCCCGAGUCCACCCUCUCAGGCCCCGACGCCGAGGCGGCGCGCCCAAGCGCUCGGGGGCCCCGGCCUCCCGCCGGGCCGCUCCGCCUGCGCGGGUCCCAGUCGCCUUCUUGAGGCCGGCGGCACCUUACCCUCGGAGGCCGCUCCCCGCCCCGCGGCCGCCUCUUCACCUGCCGCCCAGGCCCUCAGCGCCCCGGCCGGGCUGCAGGCGCCGCCGGACCUUCCCAAUCACGCCCCCUCGCCGCCGGCCGCCCAGCUUCCGGUGGCAUCACUUCCGCCGGGGCGUGGCCGCGGCGCGCAGGCGCGCGGGGCGGUUCCGAAGCGAGUUCUGCCCCGGCAAGUUCGAGAGGCUGCGGCGGCGCUGGCGGGCCGCGGCGGCUCCACGUGCUCCUGGCUGCCGGUUGAAACCGUUGGCAGGCGCCGGCCGAGGACAAGAGUUAAAACCUAUCUCCGAUAGAGAGAAAAUAUUUAACCAUUUAGCUAAAAAUGGUAUUUUUUACAUGCAAUGCAUGUGGUGAAUCAGUGAAGAAAAUACAAGUGGAAAAGCAUGUGUCUGUUUGCAGAAACUGUGAGUGCCUUUCUUGCAUUGACUGCGGUAAAGACUUCUGGGGUGAUGACUAUAAAAACCACGUGAAGUGCAUAAGUGAAGAUCAGAAGUAUGGAGGCAAGGGCUACGAAGGUAAAGCCCACAAAGGCGACGUGAAGCAGCAGGCCUGGAUCCAGAAAAUUAAUGAAUUAAUAAAGAAACCCAAUGUCAGCCCCAAAGUGAGAGAACUGUUAAAGCAAAUUAGUGCUUUUGACAACGUUCCCAGGAAAAAGGCCAAAUUUCAGAAUUGGAUGAAGAACAGUUUAAAAGUUCAUAAUGAAUCCAUUCUGGAGCAAGUGUGGAAUAUCUUUUCUGAAGCUUCCAGCAGUGAGCUGGUCAGUAAGGGGCAAGAUCAACAGCCUCCUAACCAAGUGGCAAAGUCACGUUCAGAAGCCUCCACCAAGGUUCCAACAUCUUCUAAAGCUAAUGACUCCACGGAAAAGGAAUCAGAGGCAAAGAAGAAUAAAAGAGAAAGGAAGGAAGAACGGCAGAAGAACAGAAAAAGGGAAAAGAAAGAACUGAAAUUAGAAAACCAUCAAGACAAUUCAAAGAGCCAGAAGCUCAAAAAGCGUAAAAAAGGACAGGUGGCUGAAGUUGAGGCUGAAGGGCACAAGGCCUCUAAGGCCAAUGGCUCAGCAGUGAAGAAGGGCAAGAAGAAGAGGGGUCAGGGCAAGCAGGCAAGAGAAGAGGACGCCAAUGGAGUCGGGGGCCCCCAGGAGGACCCCAGCAAGGUUGAGAUGAAGACAGCCGUAGGAAGAAGAAAGCGAAAGCUCUCGAUAGCUGAAACAGAUUCUAAGAUGAAAAAGAGGAAGUUCCCAGAACAGUCCGAGGCUGGAGAACCAGAAGACGAUGAAGCUCCUACAAAAGGUAAAUUCAACUGGAAGGGAACUAUUAAAGCGGUCCUGAGACAGGCCCCAGAGGGCGAGCUGUCGAUCAAGAAGCUAAGGAAAAAGGUUUUAGCUCAGUAUUACACGGUGACAAACGACCGUCACAGAUGUGAGGAGGAGCUCCUGGUCAUCUUCAACAAGAAAGUCAGCAAGAACCCCACUUUCAAGUUAAUAAAGGACAAAGUCAAGCUUCUGAAAUGAGCACUUCACACUUAGAAACUGUUCCCGUGCUGUUGGCUUCUUCCUCUUACUGCUGUUUGUAAAAUGUGGAGGGAAUUGUAACAACUGAAAUCUUGUUUUCUGAAGCUGUAUUUUUAAGUUAAGGAAAAAAUAUAUUUUUGUUAGAACUUUUAUGAAAAAAUAAAAUAUAUUCUUGCCCAAAAUUCCAAGUCUGUUGUGGGAGAAGUCAUUGUACUUUGAAAAGUACUUUGUGUGGGAAAUUUUUUAAAUGCGUUACAGUGACAGUCAAAAAGUAAUUUCUCCUGUGAUCAGACUGAAAAGGACUCGUGUCAGCUACAUAAUUUCUGCACGUUUCCCAUCAGGGCUUUUUGUGUGCUUGAUUCUCCAUGUUGUUACAGUGUCCUGUCAGUGGCCGUCUUUGACCCAGGAAUGGCUGUGACAAUGGUCUUUGUGUGUGGUGAUCCUUCCUUAGCCAAAAGUUCACUCCUCAGAGGAAGCUGGUCUGUAGCAGUGUAGCCCAUACACUCUGUGGCCAGUCUGCCUUUAGCCAAGGACAGUUGGCUUGGACUCCUGUUUAGGGGCGUGGCCUGUGGCCAGGAGCUGUAAGUGCAGGGAAAUGGCCAUUUGAGACUGAGUGUGCUGCUGCGCUGACCACUGCUGCAGUGCCCCCAGCAGACUGCACUGCUUUGGAGUGGUUCUGAGGCCUGGCUCUGCGCUGCAGGGGAUCUGCGUGCCGCCUCUUUUUGAUGUUGAGUAGGUUUUGCCCACAUGUCCUUCAAACCUGGUGCUU